AUCUAGAAAACAGGGAGAAGAGUCCUCAAGGAAAACAGAAAAGAACGGCAGUAAGGCCGACUGAGUCAGGUUAUCGGGUGAAGAACCAAAGUGGGUGUACCCACUUGGGUCAGGUGGUUCAGAGCUAAACAAUGAUAGGAUUAGAGGGCGGGAGCCCGGGAAGGCGUGGCUCCACACUUGCCCCGCCUCUCCUGCAAAGCGAUUGGUUGCGGAAGGGAACUAUAAAGUGGUGCAUCAUGGGAGUGGUCCGACUAUAGCGGUGCACUGUGGUUGGGCUUUAGUGGGACCUGAACGUGAGGAACAGUGUUGGUGACGUUGAACUACAACGCAGAGGAUCUCGGGAGGCCUGCACGGAGAUCUGUGGGAGGUGACAGGACUCGGUGAGGACUGCGGCGGCCAGACGGGCGGGGGGAAGGUUCAGACCAGGGCAGGGAGGCGGGCCGAGAGGGGUUGGCCCCGCCUUCGCCAGCCUUGGCGUGCUCUCCCGCAGAAUGGGGCGAGGGGCCGCCGCUGUCCACCGGAUGCUGAGAGCCCGUCCUUUCCCCCCAGCCCACCUAUGCCCGGCUACGAGCUGCCCGUGGGCACGUGCCUGGACAUGUGUCCGGCCGCCGAGCGCGCACAGCGCGAAAAGGAGUGCCGCCUGCACCGCUUCGAGGUGGUGCCGGGGUGCCGCGGGGACAGGCCCCGAGCCGACCCGCAGCGCGCGGUGAAGGAGUACAGUCGGCCGGCCGCCGGGAAGAUCCGGCCCCCUCCGAGUCAGCUUCGUCCGCCGUCCGUGCUGCUGGCCACCGUGCGCUACCUGGCUAGCGAGGUGGCCGAGCGCACCGACGCUUCCUGCGCGGAGGUGGCCAGCUUCGUGGCGGACCGGCUGCGCGCGGUGCGGCUGGACUUGGCCCUGCAAAGCGCGAGCGACGUCGAGACGGCGUUGGUGCUGGAAUCGGCUCUGGCUGUGCUGCUGGCCGUGGUGGCGCGGCUCGGACCCAACGCGACGCACGGGCCAGUGGACCCAAUGUUGCUGCAAGCCCAGGUCCAGGAGAGUUUCGGUUCUCUGCGCCGCUGCUACGCGCUGGGCGCCGGUCCCCACCCCCGCCAGGCCACCUUCCAGGGCCUCUUUCUGCUGUAUAACCUGGGCUCGGUAGAGGCCCUUCAUGAGGUUCUGCGGCUGCCUGCAGCUCUGCGUUCCUGCCCCGCCCUGCGCACCGCCCUGGCAGUUGACUCUGCCUUCCGGGAAGGCAAUGCCGCCCGCCUCUUUCGCCUGCUCAGGAUGCUGCCCUACCUUCAGAGCUGCGCUGUGCAGUGCCACGUGGGCCGUGCCCGCCGGGGAGCCCUGGCCCGCCUUGCUCGUGCACUCAGCACCCACAAGGGCCAGACCUUGCCCCUGGGCUUCAUGGUCCACCUGCUGGCCCUGGAUGGGCCCAAGGAGGCACGGGACCUGUGCCAGGCCCACGGACUACCCUUAGAUGGACAGGAGAGAGUGGUGUUCCUGAGGGGUCGUUACACUGAGGAGGGGCUGCCACCUGCCGGGACCUGCCAGAUACUGGUGGGGAACAAACUUGGAGGGCGCACUCUGGAAGACGUGGUCAUGGCAGAGGAGGAAGAUGAGGCUGUGGACAGACCCACAACAGAGGUAUGAAGAGGACUGUGUGGUCUCCCAGAGCCCCGAGACUGGGGCUGAACCACUCGGGUUUCUUUUUUCAUGAUUCCCGCACAGUACAAGGAA